ACAAAGGAAAAAGCUUCCUUCUUCCACUGAUUCUCAAUACUCUAAUAAAUGGAUAAGGAAAUGAUCCCUCAGGUCGCCCUGAACUCUGGCUAUAGAAUGCCAUUGAUAGGCUUGGGAACAGCAUGUGACCAUAUCCCUGGAAAUCUCACUUCUACUCUAAUCAAUGCGAUCGAGCUCGGUUACCGGCACAUCGACACUGCUUCCCUAUACAAGACCGAAGAGUUUGUCGGGCAAGCCAUAGCUCAAGCUCUCGAACGAGGACUGAUCGAUAACCGUAGUGACGUUUUCGUUACUUCCAAGUUAUGGUGCUCAGAUGCAGACCAUGAUCUUGUCCUCCCAGCACUCAAGGAAACACUUAGGAAACUGGGACUAGAUUAUGUGGAUCUCUAUCUAGUUCACUUUCCUUUAAGGAUUAAUCAAGGAACUGGAACCCCUUUCCAAAAGGAUGAAAUUCUUCCCUUUGAUAUGAAAGGGACAUGGGAAGCCAUGGAAGUGUGCUGCAGAUUGGGGUUGGCAAAGUCCAUUGGCGUGAGCAACUUCUCAAGCAAGAAGCUCUCCCAACUUCUAACAUAUGCCACCAUCCCUCCCGCCGUGAAUCAGGUCGAAAUGAAUCCUGCAUGGCAGCAGAGAAAGUUGAGAAAGUUCUGCGAUGAAAAUGGGAUUCAUGUGAGUGCUUGGUCACCUUUGGGAGCAAAUGGAGCUCAUUGGGGUUCCUUUGCAGUCAUGAAGAGUCCAAUCCUUGGAGACCUUGCCGUGACCAAGGGGAAAAGCAUUGCCCAGAUCUCACUAAGGUGGGCAUAUCAGCAAGGAGCAAGUCCAAUUGUUAAGAGCUUCAACGAGGAGAGGAUGAAAGAAAAUCUCCAAAUCUUUGAUUGGGAACUUACCCAGGAAGAACUAGAUAAGAUAAACCAGAUUCCACAGAAAAGGGGAUAUCCAGGAGAGAUGUUUGUUUCACCAAAUGGGCCUUACAAAUCCUUGGAGGAACUUUGGGAUGAGGAGGUCUAAUU